CAGCCCCAGUCCAACCAGUAGGGCCAGAGCUGGGGUGCGGCACCAGGGGCGGAUCCUGCCCUCCCAGGCCGGCUCCAAGCAGCACUGGGGCUAAUGCUGGAAAAGCUGCCCGAGGCUCUUAGCUGGGAAAGGUGAGUGCCCAGUGGGGGCAGGGCUCCUGGGAUCAGGAUCAGCUGCUCAAGUUGGAGGCGCCUCACCCCCAUGUCACCCGGAGAGAAACUGGACCCGCUCCCUGACACCUUCAUCCUGCAGCCACCCGCCUUCCACCCGGUGGUUCCUUACAUCACAACGAUUUUUGGUGGCUUACGCGCAGGCAAGAUGGUCAUGCUGCAGGGAGUGGUCCCCCUGGAUGCACGCAGGUUCCAGGUGGACUUCCAGUGCGGCUGCAGCCUGCAUCCCCGGCCGGAUAUCGCCAUCCACUUCAACCCCCGCUUCCACACCGCCAAGCCCCACGUCAUCUGCAACACCCUGCACCUGGGGCGCUGGCAAGCUGAGGCGCGGUGGCCCCGCCUGGCGCUGCAGAGAGGAGCCAGCUUCCUCAUCCUCUUUCUCUUCGGAAACGAGGAGAUGAAGGUGAGUGUGAACGGACAGCACUUCCUGCAGUACCGCUACCGGCUGCCGCUGUCCCGCGUGGACACCCUGGGCAUAUUCGGUGACAUCUUGGUGAAGGCCGUUGGAUUCCUGAACAUCAAUCCAUUUUCGGAGGGUGGCAGCGAGUAUCCAGUUGGACACCCUUUCCUGCUGAAAAGCCCCAGGCUGGAGGUGCCCUGCUCAUGCCCCCUUCCCCGGGGUCUCUGGCCCGGACAAGUCAUCGUGCUGCGUGGGCUGGUCUUGCAAGAGCCCAAGGACUUCACACUGAGCCUGCUGGACGAGACCGCUCGUGUUCCUGUGACGCUCAGGGCUUCCUUCGCAGACAGAACGCUGGCUUGGGUCUCACCGUGGGGACAGAGGAAGCUGAUCUCGGCCCCCUUUUUAUUCUACCCCCAGCGAUUCUUCGAGGUCCUGCUCCUGUGCCACGAGGGGGGGCUAAAGCUGGCCCUCAAUGGGCAGGGCCUGGGGGCCACCAGCCUGGGCCAGCAGGCCCUGGAGCGGCUGCGGGAGCUUCGGAUCAGCGGCACCGUCCAGCUGUACUGUGUGCACUACUGAGGAGGACCCGCAGAGGAGGGCCAGCCCGCACCCAGGGCCCACGGCCUGCCCCUCCUAAGGAGUCCACCUGUCACCACCGUGCCAGGCCUGGCUCAUCUGCAGCCAUGCGCCUGAGUCCGCAGGGGCUCCGGGCCCGCAGCAGGAGGAAGGCGCAGGGUGUGACGGCCCCUCCAGCUCCGGCGCCCGCUCCUCUAGGAGCCCAGGACUGGCCUCCGUCUUCCUCAGGGCCUGGACAAGGAGGCAGGUUGUGUACCUGCCUCAAAAUCCUGGCUUCAAGAAGUCAGGUGUUUAUGUCAUUCUCAUCUAACUGUACUGGAGGAAACAGUCCCGGUCAGGAGGGCAGCUCUGUGCCCCGUGGACCUCAGGGUCGUCCUUGGCAUCACCCCCCGCCCCAGGCCAUCAGCGUUGUCCGUGUGGCUCUGCUUCCCGGCACCUUCCCACACAUUUCAUUUUGUAAGAACCGGUGACUUG